AUGAUGCCCGACAAUGCAUCCAUUGCGUCCUCAAACCCCGCCCGCAGCAUCUUCCCGAAGGGCCCCAGCUUCACCCUCGAGGACUUCUCCAGCCGCGAUUUCAUCGUGAAAGAGUUCAUCGAGGCGCUUUCGGACAGCGCCAUCUCCGGUCGUCGCUCGGCAACUGGCACCGCCGCCUCCAACCAACCGUUCGAUCCGAAGCCCCUCAUCCGAACCUUCGAACAUGCCCAACGGCGCCUGGGCGAGCUCUCAGGCGACCUGGAGAUCCGCGAGAAUGAAUUGUCUGCCGCUGUACGCCGCGCAGAGGCGCAACACUCGCAAAACCUCACCACCCUUGGCCGGAAGCUUCGGCAAACAAUCGAGUCCUUCCAGCAGCUCGACACGUCGUUGAACGGCUCGGGAGGGGGGCUCGAGAGCUCAGGCGGCACCGGGAACAUGGCCGUGGAAACCGGAAAGAGACUAGAGGAGCUCGAUCGGCAACGACGGCGCGCCCUGGAUGCGCACUUCCUGCUCGAGUGCUGGGAGGGGGUCUGCAAUCGGGGCGAGAUUUCACUGCUGGAGAAUCUACGGAGGUCUGGCACAGGAGAGGCCAAAGUGCGAUCUGCACACAUUGCACGACAGCUGCUACGAAUUAGCCAGCGGUUGGACCCGCAGAGCUGGCACGAAAAUGCAGGCACGACCAAUGGAUAUGCGGCCAACGACUCAUCAUCGGAGGAACUGAACUCCGAAGGUAGCACACCGCGGCGGAAUACGAGGGAGAUCAUUGAAAAGUUCUCCGAAACUCUUGAGAAAGACCUGCUGAAGCAGUUUGAUGACUUCUACCGCAAGGCCAACUUCGAGGGCAUGAGAGACUGCGCAAAUGUGCUGCAGGAUUUCAACGGUGGCGCCAGCGUCAUCGCCCUCUUCGUCAAUCAACACCAGUUCUUCAUCGACCGCAGUCAGCUGGUCACAGAGGAAGUAGGCGGCGACCCGGAAUCAUGGGAGAAACUGGCCGAUCCAGACGCCGAGCUUCCCGGAGUCGAGUCCAGCUUGCAGUCGUUGAUCGACGAGGUAAAGGUCGUGGUGCAGGAAGAGUCAGCCAUCAUUCGGCGGGCCUUCCCGUACUAUGAGCAAGUCCUGGGCAAGUUCUUGCAACGAGUCUUCCAGCAGUCGAUCCAGCAACGACUCGAAAUGGUCCUGGAAAAGGCCAGUGGAGUCUCGUCAUUGGCAUUUUUACGGUGUUUACAGAGCUCUCGGGGCUAUAUCAGUACCUUGGUUGACGACCUGAAGGCGCACGGACUGACCGAGCACCCGGACACGAUCUCAUCCCAGACGGCGCUGCUACUUGAUCAGCAAUUGGAGGAGCUGUUCGUUCCAUACUUUGUUGGAUCAUCCUACAUUGAACGCGAGAGGCGCACCUUGGAGGAGUUGUUUAAUGCCCUGCUGUUCAGAUUCCAUACCUUUCAUGCCCGCCGCAAGAAGGCGGCAACCACCUUCAUGGCGUCACUGUCUCGGCAGGAAACAGAACUUCUGUCAAGCUCCCGUGAUGGAUUUAUCAAUCGCUUGGAGUCACCCGACAUCUCACCCUUUCAGCGCCGGAUGCUCCAACAACUGGCUAAGAUAGGAGAGGUCCCCGACACGGCGCGACUGGCUGAGAUUAAGCUGAACGAGGAAGAUGGCCUGCCGAAUUUGAGUGAUGCUAAGCGCAUGCUGAAGUGGCUGGCGGAGGCUGUAGGCCGCGGGCUGGAGCUAAGCGUCAACAGUGACACGCACAAAGAUGUGUCUGCCUUGUUGAAUUUGCUCCUGACUAACAUGGGCGAGGGGUAUGUGGAGGUGUGUCUUGACGCCGCCCUGGAAGCGGCCACCACCCAAGAAUCGGGUAAGACAGAGCCUGAUUUUGCGUAUCUACCGUCGGUGCGGACAACCAUCAGCAUCACCACCCUGAUGGUGAUGUGCGUUCAUGCUGUGCUCCUUCCACUGGCGACGGCGAGCAUUACCACCCGGCGGGAUAUGGAGAAGCGGACCAGCCAGAGGACGGCGGGCAUUGAAGAGAAGAUCAACUCGAUCGAGCAGAAAACCAUCGAUGCAACCCUGGCCUGGGUCGGUCGAUUGCUCUCCGGGCAGAAAAAGAACGACUUCCGGCCCCGGGAAGGGGAUAACGCCGCGUGGUUGGAACAGCUGCAGACGCCGACCUGCGCUUCGAUCUGCACCUUUUUGGGUCGCCUGCACAACAUCGCGCGGACUUCGCUGCCAGCAAGCGGGGCCAACAUCCGUCAAGUGCUGACCGAAAUCGCGCUGGGGACGCGUGGAUUGUUGCUGGAGCACUUCAAGCGGUUCGCCGUGAACGGACCCGGCGGGUUGAUGGUGACCAAGGACAUGACCCAGUAUGCGGAUCUGCUCAAAUCCUGGGACAUUGAUGACGAGCCGCGGGGGCCCGGGGGUGCGCUGGACGUACUUCUGGAAGUGGGCAGUCUGUUUGUCAUCGGCACCGAAGCCCUGCGCGAGCGCAUCCGCGGGGGUGCUGCCAGCGGAGCCACCGGCGGGUCUGGGACUGGAGCUCGGGCUCAGGUGGAGGCCAAACUCAGUGUCCAGGAAGUGCGGGCGUAUGUGUCACGGCGGGAGGAUUCGAAUACGGUGGCGAUGCAGCAGGUGCUCAAUGCGCUGUGA